GCCCCGGCAUGGGCGCCCCACUGGUGACAGUGGCAGUGGUGGCCCGGACGUUGGCCCAGCUCUGGAACAAGCCCCUGCUGGGCGUCAAUCACUGCGUGGGCCACAUUGAGAUGGGCCGGCUGAUCACGGGCGCCCAGAACCCCACCGUGCUGUAUGUCAGCGGGGGCAACACCCAGGUCAUCGCGUACUCGGAGCGCCGGUAUCGCAUCUUCGGGGAGACCAUCGACAUCGCCGUGGGCAACUGCCUGGACCGCUUCGCCCGUGUGCUGAAGAUAUCCAAUGACCCCAGCCCUGGCUAUAACAUCGAACAGAUGGCGAAGAAGGGACAGAAGCUGGUGGAACUGCCCUACACAGUGAAGGGAAUGGAUGUGUCCUUCUCAGGGAUCCUGUCCCACAUAGAGGAGGUGGCUCACAAGAUGCUGGCAUCAGGAGAGUGCACCCCGGAGGAUCUCUGCUUCUCUCUCCAGGAGACGCUCUUCGCGAUGCUGGUGGAGAUCACGGAGCGGGCCAUGGCGCACUGCAGCUCACAGGAGGCCCUCGUCGUGGGCGGAGUCGGCUGUAACAUGCGGCUGCAGGAGAUGAUGCGGAUCAUGUGUGCAGAGAGGGGAGCCAAGUUGUUUGCUACAGAUGAGAGGUACCGACUGCCCGUCAGCUUGCCCUGUGGAGCUAGGGUCCCAGCAACCCCUUAGCCCGCCCUAGCUUGGUGGGAGCGGUGGGAUUCUCCCCCCAGACAGUAGCUCUUGGAUUCCCCUGGGAGAUUCUGGGCUAUGGUGCUUUAGGGCAUUGGCACCCCUACCCCGGAGCCAGGAGAGAACCCAGGAGUCCUGGCUCCCAACCCCCCAUCUCUCC